AUGGCGCCGACGACGGAACCCCAGCGGCCCGCCUUCGCCGCCCGGCACCACUUCCUCCUCCUCGCCUUCGCCGCUUCCUGUACUUGGCUCCUCCCCCUGGCGUCCCCGCAGCGGAUCGCAGACCCCCAGGCGGCGGCGGCGGCGGCGGCGGGGGGGGCGGGGGCGGCGCCCGAGUACGCCCACUCCAUCCGCCUGGACGGCGACAUCAUCCUGGGGGGGCUGUUCCCGGUGCACUCGCGGGGGGAGCGCGGCGUGCCCUGCGGCGAGCUGAAGAAGGAGAAGGGCAUCCAUCGCCUGGAGGCCAUGAUGUUCGCCAUCGACCUGAUCAACAAAGACCCGGAGCUGCUGCCCAACAUCACGCUGGGGGCCCGCAUCCUGGACACCUGCUCCAGGGACACGUACGCCCUGGAGCAGUCGCUCACCUUCGUCCAGGCCCUCAUCGAGAAGGACGGCUCGGACGUACGCUGCGCCAACGGCGACCCGCCCAUCUUCGCCAAGCCGGAUAAGAUCGUGGGGGUGAUCGGGGCGGCGGCCAGCUCCGUGUCCAUCAUGGUGGCUAAUAUACUGCGUCUGUUUAAGGACGGGACCCCGGAUGUUAAACACUUCUGCCCAGGGGCCCCUCGGGACCCCCUCAGACCAGCUCCUCCGUCACGGCUGGAGAAGGUGGGCCGCGACUCCAGCUACGAGCAGGAGGGCAAGGUGCAGUUUGUGAUGGACGCGGUGUACGCCAUGGCCCACGCCCUCCACCGCAUGCACCGCGACCUGUGCCUGGGCUACCCGGGCCUGUGCCCUCGCAUGGCCAACGUGGACGGCAAGGAGCUGCUCAGCCACAUCCGGGCGGUCAACUUCAACGUGUCCGGCAGCUCCAAUCCGUCCUCUCUGAACAGAGUCCUCCCGAACAGAAGCGCCGGGACGCCGGUGGUGUUCAACGAGAACGGCGACGCCCCCGGCCGCUACGACAUCUUCCAGUACCAGAUCACCAACCGCUCCACCGCCGAGUACCGCGCCAUCGGAACCUGGACCAACAAGCUGCAUCUGGAAGUGGAGGCCAUGCGGUGGCGGUCCGGCGACCCGUCCCUCCCGGCGUCGGUGUGCAGCGUGCCGUGCCGUCCCGGCGAGCGCAAGAAGGUGGUGAAGGGCGUGGCGUGCUGCUGGCACUGCGAGCGCUGCGAGGGCUACCACUUCCAGGCCAGCGAGUUCCUCUGCGAGCUCUGCCCGUACGAGCAGCGCCCCGACCGCAACCGCACCGCCUGCCAGCCCAUCCCCGUCGUCAAGCUCGAGUGGCACUCGCCCUGGGCCGUGGUCCCCGUCUUCAUCUCCGUCCUGGGCAUCGUGGCCACCACCUUCGUGGUGGUCACCUUCGUGCGCCACAACGACACGCCCAUCGUGCGGGCGUCGGGCCGCGAGAUGAGCUACGUGCUGCUGACGGGAAUCUUCCUGUGCUACGCCAUCACCUUCCUGAUGAUCGCCGCGCCCGACGUGGGCGUGUGCUCGCUGCGCCGCGUCUUCCUGGGCCUGGGCAUGUGCUUCAGCUACGCGGCGCUGCUCACCAAGACCAACCGCAUCCACCGCAUCUUCGAGCAGGGCCAGAAGUCGGUGACGGCGCCGCGCUUCAUCUCGCCGGCGUCGCAGCUCGCCAUCACCUCGUCGCUCAUCUCCGUGCAGCUGCUGGGCGUGUUCGUGUGGUUCGCUGCCGACCCGCCGCACACGGUGGUGGACUACGGCGAGCAGCGCACGCAGGAGCCGGCGGCGGCGCGCGGCGUCCUCAAGUGCGACAUCUCCGACCUGUCGCUCAUCUGCUCGCUGGGCUACUCCAUCCUGCUGAUGGUCACGUGCACCGUGUACGCCAUCAAGACCCGGGGCGUGCCCGAGACCUUCAACGAGGCCAAGCCCAUCGGCUUCACCAUGUACACCACCUGCAUCAUCUGGCUGGCCUUCAUCCCCAUCUUCUUCGGCACCUCGCAGUCGGCCGAGAGGAUGUACAUCCAGACCACCACCCUGACCAUCUCCCUGAGCCUGAGCGCCUCCGUCUCCCUGGGAAUGCUCUACAUGCCCAAGGUAUACGUCAUCCUGCUCCACCCCGAGCAGAACAUCCCCAAGCGCAAGCGCAGCUUCAAGGCCAUCGUGACGGCCGCCGCCAUGACGGGCAAGCUGGCGGGCUCCAAGGGCGGCGACCGGCCCAACGGCGAGGUGAAGACGGAGCUCUGCGAGAGCAUGGAGACCAACACCUCAUCAACUAAGACAACCUACGUCAGCUACAGUAACCAUGCCAUCUGAUGGGGAUCCAGGCAGGACGGAGAGGAAGAGGUGGGCCUCCCGGGGGUGGGGUGGGACCACCCCGAAAGUAACUGUCACACGCAGCUGAUUGGCUGACUGGAUGAUGGACACAGGGGGCCCCCGCUGGGCAACCAAGCAUGAGACAUUUUGUAUUGUUCCGCAUCCAAACCCCUCCCACGACCGCAGAGAGGCGGGGCCACACAGACCAACAGCCAAUCAGUGUGUCUUGUCUCCUGCCGUUCCUAGCACAAUGGCCCAAUCACAAACUGUUCAUGAAGAGACUGAAACUGAAGAAAAAAGAGCUGUGGGCCACACGGUCCACUUUUAUCUACAUCUGGAAUAAAGAAAAAAAAUAUACGACAAAACAAAAGAAAAAAAACAUGACAAAACAAAAGAAAUUCAAACAGUGUAAACGUUAUAUAAAAAGGGGAUGCAAGGGAAAAGACAUUUAAGAGAACAAAGUUUUAAAAGAAUUCUAAAAGAAAACAAAUAGGAACCUAUGCGACUGGAUUAUGUUUGUUGUUAUUCUACCUGUAAGUAUUUUUGUGAUUGUGAAGAUGUUUUCAUCCUCGUCCCAUGUGGUGCGACCUUGCAUUCAAGAUGAUGCUGUCCCCUGUGCCAGCUCGUUGGAUUGUAGCCUUGGGUUGUGAAUCUGUCAAUGCCAUGGUUGAAGCAUGCCAGUUUUUUAUACAAAUGAUUUAUUUAUAAUAAAGGAAUGUUUUGCAAAUGUG